AUGUCAUAUCCCGAGAUUGGCUCCGCCAUAGCACUCUUUGGGCCCCCCUCUCUGCCCUCACAGUUUUAUUUAUGGGAACUCAAUAACAACUUCCCAGUGGGUCACACAUCAUGGGAUUACUCUAGUCCCAAUUUGCUUGACUUCGAAGUUUCCAAGACUCCGAAGCCAGUGAGCUCCCAAAAGGCCUCGUGCUAG